UGAACGCGCCCCUGGUGCCUCAUUGUGCAGCCGAGGGAAACAUCGGCAGCUUCCGACGACGUCGCUGUGAAAUGGCAGAAAGUGCUGGUGUCACGGAAGCGCAGAGAUUAGGUUACGUGUGAGCCACACAUGCAGAUCUGCGGGUGAUCCCGGCCUGUGAGUGCGAGGGGUAAAGGGACCACAUCCGGAGGAACAGAGGGAUUACUCGGGUGCUUCUACAGACAGACAAACAGGCGGGUUGGAAGACAGACGCGGCCGGGUUGUGUCUCCAGCAGCGGACUGACGGCGGCUCGACACUGCUGGAAUCAACCGGAGAGGGGGUCGUGAGAGCAGAGCUCCACUUGGAUGCCUAGUCACAGUGUUUCUGCAAGGCUUCACCAUGAACCGGAACAAGCGUGAAAAGGAGUACUACAGUAUAGAUGUUGGUGAUUCAACAUUUAUGGUUUUAAAGCGCUACCAGAACCUCAGACCCAUCGGAUCUGGAGCCCAGGGAAUCGUCUGCUCAGCGUACGAUCACAACUUUGAGAGGAACGUCGCAAUUAAGAAGCUGAGUCGGCCCUUUCAGAAUCAGACCCAUUCCAAACGGGCCUACAGAGAACUGGUGCUCAUGAAAUGUGUCAACCACAAGAACAUUAUCGGCUUAUUAAACGUAUUCACACCACAGAAGACACUGGAAGAAUUCCAAGAUGUGUAUCUGGUGAUGGAGCUGAUGGACGCCAACCUCUGCCAGGUGAUCCAGAUGGAGCUGGACCACGAGAGGCUGUCCUACCUUCUCUACCAGAUGCUGUGUGGAAUCAAGCACCUACAUGCCGCAGGCAUCAUUCACAGGGACUUGAAGCCCAGUAACAUUGUGGUGAAGUCUGACUGUACUCUCAAGAUCCUGGACUUUGGGCUGGCCAGAACGGCCGCCACAGGCCUCCUCAUGACGCCCUACGUGGUCACCCGCUACUACCGUGCUCCUGAGGUCAUCCUGGGCAUGGGCUACCAGGCCAAUGUUGAUGUCUGGUCUGUUGGAUGCAUCAUGGCUGAAAUGGUCCGGGGUAGUGUGUUGUUUCCUGGCACUGAUCAUAUCGACCAGUGGAACAAGGUCAUCGAGCAGCUGGGGACGCCAUCUCAGGAGUUCUUGUUGAAACUCAACCAGUCUGUGAGGACGUAUGUGGAGAACCGGCCACGGUACGCCGGCUACAGCUUCGAGAAGCUCUUCCCCGACGUCCUGUUCCCUGCAGACUCUGAACACAACAAACUCAAAGCGAGCCAAGCCCGAGAUCUAUUAUCCAAGAUGCUGGUAAUUGAUGCAUCCAAACGGAUCUCAGUGGACGAGGCUCUCAAGCACCCGUACAUCAAUGUGUGGUACGACCCGACUGAAGUUGAGGCACCACCACCAGCGAUCACAGACAAGCAGCUGGAUGAACGAGAGCACACAGUGGAGGAGUGGAAAGACUUGAUAUACAAAGAGGUGUUCGACUGCGAGGAAAGGACAAAGAAUGGCAUCAUCAGGGGACAGCCAGCGUCCAUAGCACAGGUGCAACAGUGAGCAGCAGCAGCAGCCCCCACCCUUCCUCCUCGUAGACAUCCUCCCCCUCCUCCAUGUCCACCAACCUGACCCUGGCCGAUGCCGACGGCAGCCUGGAGAUGGCCCGCACCGCCACCGUCGUUGCCACCGCUGCUGCUAUGACCACCGGCCUCCUGGGCUGCUGCAGAUGACGAUCGUCUACACCUGCUCCCGGUCCCGGCCUGGGCCACGCCCCUCUGGUCACCUCUGACCGCUCAGCCUGACGCAGGCUUAAGGCCCCGCCCCCUUCAUCUGAGUCCUCCCACCUCCCCUCUGUGCUCGUCUCCAGUAGUGUAGUGAUUAGCCAGCUAGCUGUUUGAGAAAUAUUUCUGAAAGGACAGAUCAUUUUUCUUUUAUUUUUAUGAGUUAUAGUCCUUUAUUUUUAAAUUAGGAUUUUUUUUUUUAGUCCUAGCUGUAAUUUAUUGUGGCAUUUCUUAAUUUUUCAGAAACCUAAGAUGAUGAUAAGAGAAUUUUUAUGAUUUUACUACGUUCCGGUUUGUAUUAACCGACAGUGAGAGUUUAAAGAAAUAUCUGUAAACUGUUUAAUGUGAUUUAUUUUUCUGUUGAAAGUCGUUUGUUUUCACUUGCUUUUACAAUUUGCCAUAUAAAUGUAGACAGAGUUUGUACAGAUUUUAUGGUAGAUGUAGUUUUAUCUAUGAGUUUGCAGUGAGCCAUUGAGACAUAAUUUUAUUGACAAAUGUACGGUCUAAGUACUCCCCUUACCUUAUGUCAGGUCAUAUGGAAAUUGUUUUAAAUGCAUAUGACGUAUGCAUUUAUCUGACUGACUGAGGUCACUUGGAUUUAUUUGUAAAACUAUUUUUUCUUGUGAGUCACUACUACAGCCUACAUUGUAAAUUUCAACUAAAUGAAAUCUUAAUUUUUUUCCUUCUUCACUUCUUGUUUAGUCAAAAUUUUAAAAAUCCUGAGAUAUUCUUUCAGCGUGUGAUUACACUUGAGCUAUGGGAUCGAUAAUGGCACAGUGAGGUCCAGCAAGAUACUUUGGAACAUUUAGUGAGUUUUUAAGUGCUUUAAAGUUCCUCCUUUCUUGUCUGCAACAGGCAGUGGGACGUUAUGGGAGUGAAGUGGUGGUUGUUGCUUUGGAGAACUCGCUGCACGGAGCUGCCUCACGUUCUCCUCUGGCUUGCUUUGGCAGUGAGGGACUUUGGAAUGUUUUUUUUUUGUCGUGCUUCGGGAGGUUUGUUUGAGAGGUAGAGUUGUGCGUUGGGUUUAAAAUCGGUGACGGUGUUGGGUAGAAUGUGCUUCAGUCAAGUAGGGAAUUGUGAUAUUGAGAACGCGCGUGAACAUGUUGGUAUUAAGUGUCUCGGAGGGAUUAGCGAUUAUGCAGCCUGAUGGUGUGAAAAAUAUGUCUGCUUCCUACUACCACAUCCUGUUAUUAGUAAUGUACUUUUGUGAAUUUGAAAAAAAUCGAAAAGUGAUCUUUUUUGUUUUUGUUUUUGUUUUUUUUCUAAAAGUUGGCCAAACACUUAGCUUACCAGACUUGCCUGCAAUUGUGAAUUAAAGAACCUAAAACUUUGCAUGUUAAAACAGCAGCACAAACGAGCCGAGUAAAAAGGAAACGUUAUUCUUACUGUAUGCAAUAAUAGUGCCCUUUUUAAGUGUUUUUGAUUUGUUUUGAAAGGAAAAGUGCCUGUUUGUCAUUCAUUCCUGAGUAGGUGGGAGGAAGUGUGUUCAUCACGUGUAGGUUUUUAUGGCGUUUGGAUAAUAACAGCAGUAGUAGUGUCCAUAUCAAACAAAUAAUGUAUGAUGGGGUUGUAGUUCUCACAAAUGUAUUGUAUAUUUUUCUACUUGUUUUGCUUUUGACCCUUGGGCAGGGAGACUGGUGUCUGGCAGGGUAAAGAAAGUGGCGAUGUAUGCGGCGAGAUGCUUAAGCAUGUGUUUGUGUCAUUUCAGAAGAGAGGGCAGUUUUAUCAAGGUCUUUCAUCAAAGUAAUAAAAAGAGCAAUUUCUUUGCAGUGACAGCAACUGAAAUUCAUUUUAAUUCUACUUUUUCGGCUCCUUUUGAUGACUAAUUAAAUGUGGUGAUUGUAAAAGAGAAAAAUGAACCGAAAAGUUCAGAUUUUACGUUUUAACUACUGCAGCAAAUGAAAAUGAGAGAAUUCUAUUAUAUUGUCAGUAUUUUGUGGAUGGUUUUGGAUGUUUAUCGUUAAAAGACAGAUUUAAGUCGUUUUCCUUCGAAGAUCAUGAUAGUUUUGGUCAUAAAUGAGUAAAUCAAAGGAGUUGAUGAUAUUUAAUAAUUCGCUCUGUCCAUCUAUUGAGACGUUACGUAGCCGUUCCGCCUGCUCAAAAUGUUUCUGCAUCUGUCACGGAUCGUUAGCUUGUGUGAUGGAGUUUUGACAAGAGGCAUAAGCGUCACUAUGCUAAGAUUAUCUUAACGUGUAACACAGAGCGUAACCUCUGUCUACAACCUGUCUUUGUCCCUGACAUGGACAUGUACCUACUAAGCUAACUCUGUAGGUUUUCUGUAGCUUUGUGCUGUGCUCAGCUUCGGUGACUUGUUAUUUCAUGACGGCUGUCGGGCUUAACACAGACGUAGCCAUUCACAUACAUCUGGACUUGCACCAGCUUUUUGGGAAUCCAUUACCAAAUGCGAGAAUGCUUUAUUUCUUGUAAUUUACUAAAUCGGGUUGCACCUUUUUAAAACUGGCUGCCAAAAGUAGUUUGUCGCACUGUAGCGAAAUCAGUGGAAACAUUACAAAACUGUAUGAUUUAUUGUAUUAUGCUGCCAUUCCUUCUUAAAGGCAGUUAAUAUAUUAGUAUAUGUGUGCAUACGUUAGGUAUUUAGAUUUCAAAAUGAAUUGUUAUUUUGUAGAAAGUGGGAAAUAUCUGACUUACUGUCAGUAGUUUUAUUGGAUAACACAUUCUAACAUAAUUCAUGUGAUAACAAUGUUAUUUACUAAUAAUUAUAAAUAUGCUGGCAUUUAACAUUUAUUUUUGUCAGUUAUAGAAGCUACAACAAUUAAUCCUUACUUUAUUGGCAAGCUAUUAUCUUUAAUAGUUACUGUAGCUACAUAAAAGUUCAUAUUUAAUUAUUAGCCAACUAUUGUUGGCUUUAAAAGCAGUUACUGGGUGUAAAUAUUUAAUAAAAACUACAUGAGAGCUAGUUUGUGUGGUGCAACCCAUUUUAAUUCUUCAAUGCAUCUCGACUUUCUUAACAUUAUCUAUUAUAUAACUCCGAUAGAUUUAAACUUACAAACAGCUGGUGCAACGGCUCCUUCUUUCUUUUCAGUGACCAGAAUGGAAAACAAAUCACAUCAUCAAGGGUCCGUUAGCAAAGUUAGCAUUAGCACAGCACAAUGCUUCAUUUAUUCCAGACUCCAACAGCCAAAAAUGUCCAAUUCUAAAUGUGCUGCAGAAAUGUUGACAGACGAGGAGUAAAACCUAGGACAGAGGCACAUCCUUACGAAAGGCAGCAAUAGCAGGGAGAAAAUUGACGUAUCCAUUUGUCUUAUUAGCACAUUUGUCAAAUUAGUGAAAAAGAAUCAAUCCGAAAUAAACACUUUGUUGUCUAAAGUGCUCUUAAUUUUCUAGCCCAACAUUAGGGGCUUUUUGCUUGUUUGUUUGUUUUUUUUUCUUCCUGUUCUUAGGUUGUUGUUGCUUUUUGAUAUGAUUACUGCAUCUCUCCAAACAAUGUCAUUCUGAUUUAAGUCGGCUUUGAUGAACUACCUCACACUGAAUUUCUGCCAGUUCUUGCAUAUAUUUAGUCGCCUGCAGAAUUAGCUAUCGAAGACGUGUGAAUAACAGAUUCCAUUAUUUAUUUAUUUGAAAGUGUACUAUUUGUCGGUUUCAACAGACUUCUAGUUUUGUACAUUAUGUAUACUUCACCUAGAAGUAAGAGAAUUGUUAUAUGUAUUUUUUUGUUCUUUUUAUGUUUUUGUUUUCUUUUGUUUUUGUUUUUAAACUAAAUGUGCAAUACCUUCAGCAAACUGUGCUAGUAGUAUGUGAUGGGCCUAGCCUUUGUUAGCUGUCUCCUGAAGGUAAAGAAAAUGUUUGGUACUGUCAAUCCAUGUUUUCCUUUUUUUAAGAAUAAGAUCAAUUUUUAUUUCUGUGACUUGUUUAUAGUCAUACUAUUAUGUAAUCAGUCUUACCCACCAAACAAAUCUGUAAACCAGGGUUUGAUUUAGGGACAGAAGGGUCUUUGAGUCAGAACAUGGCAGACAGAUUAAUUUAUGGGAUGUGGUAAGGACAAUAAUGUUAGUGAACACAAAAAAAAAAAGAUGAGUAAAAUACCUACAAGAAAUCAUUAAAUGUAUGGUGCUGGUUUGUAAUGUUUGCUAGUGAAUCCAGCCAUGCAAGUAGUUUUAAGAAUUCCUGGAUCUGCGUGUCCCCAUAAACCGCAGCCAACGAAGAAGUGCACUACUAGAAUACACGCACUGGGAUCUGAUGAUGCCACCUCUUUAAAAAAUAUUACAAAAUAAAAAAACAUGUACUGCAAAUAAAAGAAAUACACUUUGA